CUCUCCUCCCUCCAUCACUUGAUACGAUCAUGGCGGUGGAGCCGGUGAGGCAUACGGAUACCGCCACCUCCUCCAGCUUCCAACACUUUCGGGUCCGGCAUUUCCACCUGGAGCUGCGGGUGGAUUUCGACUGGCGGCAGCUGGAGGGUCGUGAGGUGUUGGAGCUGAGCUGCGUGCGACCCGAUGGAGGCGGCGGGGAGCAGGAGCUCCGCCUGGACGCUCACCCCAGCCUCCGUGUCCAGUCGGUGUCGGCGCGUUGUGGCGGCGGAGAUGCCCAGUCGGUGCCCCUGCGCUUCGAAAUCCAGCCCUUCACCAGCUAUGGCUGCACCCUGGUGCUCACCUUAGCCGCUCCAUGUCGAUAUGGCGACCAGCUGCAAGUGGUCAUCGACUACAUGGCAACCGAUGGACCCGGGGUUGUUUGGCUGAACCCUGAACAGACGGCAGGAAAAGUAAAGCCAUACCUCUUCACCCAAGGUCAAGCUGUCUUGAACAGAUCCUUCUUCCCUUGUUUUGAUACUCCUGCAGUUAAGAGUACUUACUCUGCCUCCAUUAAGGUUCCCGAAGGAUUUGCAGCAGUUAUGAGUGCAACUAAUUGGGAGCAUGAUGAAAAGGAAAACAUAUUCCACUUCAAAAUGGAUCACCCAAUUCCUUCAUAUCUGGUUGCUUUAGCAGUUGGUGACAUUAUCUCUGCAGAAGUUGGACCAAGGAGUCGUGUCUGGACUGAACCCAGUCUGUUGAGAGCUGCUAAAGAGGAAUAUGAUGGUGUGAUUGAAGAGUUCUUAAAAGUUGGUGAGAAGCUGUUUGGGCCAUAUGUGUGGGGAAGGUAUGACCUCCUCUUCAUGCCUCCAUCUUUCCCAUUUGGUGGGAUGGAGAAUCCCUGCCUUACGUUUGUUACUCCAUGUCUGCUGGCAGGAGAUCGGUCACUGGCUGACGUCAUCAUCCAUGAGAUUUCUCACAGCUGGUUUGGGAACUUGGUCACAAAUGCCAACUGGGGAGACUUCUGGCUUAAUGAAGGCUUUACAAUGUAUGCUCAGCGAAGAAUUUCAACAGAACUUUACGGUGCAGCAUAUACUUGUCUUGAGGCUGCUACAGGGAGAGCCUUGCUUCGGCAACACAUGGAUAACACAGGGGAGGACCAUCCACUCAACAAACUGAAGGUCAAAAUUGAACCAGGAAUUGAUCCUGAUGAUACAUAUAAUGAAACUCCCUAUGAGAAAGGCUACUGCUUUGUAUCAUAUUUAGCUCACCUUGUGGGUGAUCAGAACAAAUUUGAUGCUUUCCUUCGGGCCUAUGUGGACAAAUUCAAGUUUCAAAGUAUUGUAGCAGAAGAUACCUUGAAUUUUUAUUUAGACUAUUUCCCAGAACUCAAGGAAAAGGAUGUUGAAAAAAUGCCAGGGUUUGAAUUUGAUUUUUGGUUGAACACACCUGGAUGGCCACCUUACCUACCAGACCUUUCAUCUGGUGAUACCCUCAUGAAACCUGCAGAAGACUUGGCAACUCUGUGGCUAGCUGCAGAUCUAAACAUGGAUGCUAUCAAAAGCAUUGAUAUGUCCUCAUGGAAAACCUACCAGAUUGUGCACUUCCUUGAUAAACUCCUGGAAAAAUCACCUUUGCCUCAAGGUAAUAUUGCAAAGCUGGCUGAAAUGUACCCAAAGAUAUCCAAGGCUAAGAAUGCUGAACUGCGUUUUCGCUGGGUGCAGAUUGUUGUGAAAAAUAACUAUGAGGAUGCAUUUGAUGAACUCAGGAAUUUCCUCCAUAGUCAGGGAAAACAAAAGUAUACUGUUCCUGUUUAUCGAGCCAUGUGGUCUGAAACUGAAGGGACACGUAAACUGGCACAGGAGAUUUUUGCAGCCACGGGGAACCAGCUCCACAAAAAUGUUCAAAAUUAUGUGAAGAAAAUCUUUGUCUGAAACUAUUAUGAUUCAUCCAAUAAUUCUUGAACAAAUUACUUAACUAUUUCAGAAAAUACAAUUUUUUACUUUCCAGCAGAAUAUUUUUACUUCAGAAAUGUACGGCUGUGUUAUAAACAUGAUUGCUGCCUUUCAAUUUGUGUUUAUAAAAUCAGGAAAAUCAUUCAAUGUUUUUGAAUCUCUUGUCUCCAUAUGUGAAUGUAGUAGACAUCUCCGUGCUUCAGCAAGGAAUUAUACAAUGCUCACUUCUUGGGUAUUUUCCAAAAUAGGUCUGUGUCAAAUCUAAUAAAUUCAACUGCUUGUG